UUGUCCAUUGAGGCUACACCCUCACAAAUCCAUCCUUUGUUGACGAAGAAACUCCAGCUGAGAUGUGCCGUUAAAAAUGCCGGACGGCUUGCCGAAACACACAACAGAUCUGCCAAAAGCUCUGAAGUAGCACUCAGCUUAAUUUCAGACUUAAGCGGAUUAGCUAAUCCAAAUCCAUCCUCACUCCGACACGUUUCUUCAGACGCAAGUUUCUCCAAACUCCUUUCCAUCGUCGUUACCAGGGUUAAUGACGUGACUGGAAUGACCGAGACAGUGACGAGUGUCACGGGGUGCAAUGUACCAAAGACGGAGGAGAAGUUUAACUCAACCCUUGAGGUGGAAGGAAGCAGUGAAGGGUCUGACAGGGAGGAUGAACUGGGUUAUCUUCUCCUCACAUGGGACAGACCUGUUGAUGGUCACGCCGGAAAUUUCACCUGCGAGACAAACGCCCUGAAUUCAGACAAACAUCCAGUGUACCUUAACGUGUCGCUAGAGAUUACAUCCGGUGAACCCAAAAUUGCUGAUUUGGCGAAGUACAUCUAUGCUAGAGAGAAAGAGAUUUUAUAUCUUCAAUCAGAAAUGAAGAAAGAGAACGUGGCAUUAAGACAAGAAAUCGUACAGUUAUUGUCCAACACUGCACACUUGGAGACGAAACUACAGCGCCUGAAGGCUCAGAACAUUCAGACGGGAAAUUUCAGCUGCACUGAAGAAACCGGAAGACUUAUUUUCCCCAAAUCAUACACAGCCACCCCGACCGUAUUCGUAUCAAUAACAGGGUUAGAAUUCCAGUCCCACUUUUAUCGCUCAUCAGUCCAGUACCAGGCCUUGGUGCAAGAGGUCAACUCAGACGGAUUCUCCUACACGUGCGAAAAAUAUGAUACCGUGCCCACUAUAAAGUGGCUGGCGAUCGAUAGCUAA